AAUUCUGCAAGUAGUUCUGAUUUACUAUCGCUGUUCUCUAGCCGGUCUAAAACCAAUUUUGACCUAAAGGGACGCUUUUUGGACGCCGUGGACUUUUCUAAGUUUCCAGGCAGAAAGAACAGUCAAAAUGCAGGCAGGGCACAGGACAAAGCAGUAGGGACAAAAUGAAUGUUUUGCUAUGAAAUAAUCGUUUUUUAAAAAAAAAUGGCAUUUUUUAAAAUUUUCAAAUUUGCCGCCGGUUCAGGCGCCCGUACGUCCGGACGUCACAGGGACCGGAACACAGAAGCCAGAUGCCGGCAUCGGCCGAAGGAGAUGGCCGGGGACGCUGCAGGGGACGCAU